AUGGCCCUGGUUCAGGCUCUGUCCAUCCCUGCUGAGCGCCACCACACCCCCAGCCUCAGCGGAACCCCCCACUGCCGCCCCUCUGCCCCCCACACGCCCCCCAACCUACCCUCCAACUCCAAGGAGGCCAUGGGCUCCGUCAGCAGCCUCAUCGCCCACCGCCCCGGCCCGGCCCACCUGGUUCGUCACUACCGGCCCAUUGAUGUUGGCCCCGAGCCGGGCGCCACCAGGCUCCACAGAACCACGUUGGGCGCCACUUCCUGCCUGGCCUCCGUUGACACAUCCCAGGAUCCACUGCUCAGUAACUUCACUCCGCCUGGCAACAGGAAGCCCUUGAUGGUGAUUGGCUCCAGUAAGGACAGCGGGACCAUUGGGAAUUACUCGUAUCUGAACCAGGACUAUGUGGGAGACUGGAAUGAAAACACUGUGGUUCAUGGAAGCCCUGGGGCCGGGAUUGACACAGGGAAGGCCAAGGAUGGGCAGCUGGGGAGCCUCAACAGGAACAUGGAAGAACCCCCGCCCAAACUGGUCCCCGUGUCAGGGAAGCUGGAGAAGGUGAGUGUGGCCUUGUUCAGGCUAUAUGGAACAGUCAUUGUCUCUUUGAAUGUACAGUAGAUCAAUCCACUCUCACAAUAACACGAUUAGAAGAAAUGAAUCAAACAUUCACUGAAUAUACAUUAUUUACAACCUCUUACCCAACAAACCAUUUGGUCUUUCCCUCUCAGAACAUGGAGAAAACAGUGAUCCGGCCGACUGCCUUCAAACCCGUCGUCCCCAAGAGCCGCAACUCCAUGCAGUUCCUUUCCCCUCGCCACGACAGGGCCAGUCUAUCAGACUGCCAGAACAACCUCAACCUGUUGUCACCUGGUAGCCAAAUGGACACCUUGUCGCCCUGCUCGGAGAAUCGCAACGGCGGGCGCCACACGGGCGGGGGCAGCCAGACCUGCUCCAUGUCUGACUCUGGACGGAACUCCCUGUCGAGCCUGCCCCCCUAUGGUAGCAUCCCCUACAGCCUGGCGCCCGCAGACACCCCGCCUGGUAGUGGCCACCUGGAGCCAUUGAAGACUGCACACGGGCACUCCAACUCGGACAGCGGGCGCUCCUCGUCCAGUAAGAGCACAGGGUCGGUGAGCGGACGCAGCCAGCCCCUGUCAGACAGCGGGUCAAGCGGGCGCUCGCCAGCCCCUGUGGAGGGGGGGUACGAGGGGGUGGUGAGGGACCUGGAGGAUAAGCUGAGGGAGAGAGACGUGGAGCUGCAGCAGCUCCGAGACAACCUGGACGAGAACGAAGUGGCUAUCUGCCAGGUACGUGGGAAGAUGGACCGAAGAGCAUUGGAAACAUUAUCUUGUCUUAUAUUGUAAAAUGCAUGAAGACACCAAGCUCCUCUCCCUCUUGCGCCCUCUCUCACACCAUGUACUAUCACACACAAAAUGACAAAUGUCAUGACUUAUUGGGACACUCAAUCCAUUACAAUCACCACACACACACACGCAUGCAUGCACACACACAAUGAAACCCUCACACAAUGCCACCCUCGCCUACCCACCCCUGGUCUCCCCUGUAUCCCCUCUUUCCCCAGGUUUAUGAGGAGAAGCAGAAGCGCUGUGAGCUGGAGCUGGAGGAGUUGCGUCAGAGCUGCGCCACACGGAUGCAGACCCAGUCCCAGAAGGCCCAGCGUGCCCAGCAGGUGCUCCAACUGCAGGUCUUCCACCUGCAGCAGGAGAAGAAGAAGCUCCAGGAGGACUUCGGCCAGCUGCUGCAGGAGAGGGAGAAGCUGGAAGAGCGCUGUACCUCCUACGAGCACGAGAAGAUCCAGCUAGGGCCCAGGCUGGAGGAGACCACGUGGGAGGUUAGAUGGACCCUCAUACUGUCUGUGGCCCCAUUCCAAAUCCACCCCUAGUCCCUACCUCCUAGGUCUUAGGCACUUCUGUAGAUCUUGUAGAUGAAGCGGCUGAGGGUCUGCCCCAAUGCUAGCAGUAUGUGUCUACUCAGGUACUCCAGUAUAGACAAUAAAGAUAGUGAAUUUUACACAAUCUAUAAAUACCGCUGUAAUUCCUUUUGAGUCUUUUUUGUCACAGUCGGACAGGCAAUUAAAUUAAAUGAUUUAGUACAAUGGGUCACCGAUAGUGUAGUACAAAUGGUACCCUCAGUAAUGUGCUGCCCCAGGCAUGUUUGACGUGCUAGAGCCUGGCACAGUGUCGCACCGGCAUUAAUCACAUAACAAAGACACCAAGCUUCUCGCUCUCUCUCGAAUGUAUUCCCUCAUACACUGAGUGUACAAACAUUAGGAACAUCUUCCUAUUAUUGAGUUGCACCCCCUUUUGCCCUCAGAACAGUCUCAAUAUGUAGGGGCAUGGACUCUACAAGGUGGAGAAAGUGUUCCACAGGGAUGCUGGCCCAUGUUGACUCCAAUGCUUCCUACAGUUGUGUCAAGUUGGUUGGAUGUCUUUUGGGUGGUGAACCAUUCUUGAUACACACGGGAAACUGUUGAGUGUGAAAAACCCAGCAGUGUUGCAGUUCUUGACACAAACCGGUGCGUCUAGCGCCUACUACCAUACCCUGUUCAAAAGCACUUAAAUAUUUUGUCUUGCCUAUUCACCCUCUGAAUGGCACACAUACGCAAUCCAUGUCUCAAGGCUUUAAAAUCCUUCUUUAACCCGUCUUCUCCCCUUUAUCUACACUGAUUUGAAGUGGAUUUACAAGUGACAUCAAUAAGGGAUCAUAGCUUUCUGCUGGAUUCACCUGGUCAGUCUAAGUCAUGGAACGACUUCCUAAUGUUUUGUACACUGUGUAUAUUGUCAUAUUCCCUCAUAUAUUCAUAGGACUUUGUGGUGUAAGUCCUCUAUAUAUGACACUAGUUGUGUUUCCUCCAGGUGUGUCAGAAGUCUGGGGAGAUCUCCCUGCUGAAGCAGCAGCUGAAGGAUGUCCAGGGGGAGCUGGCUCAGCGCAUGGGGGAGAUCGUCUCUCUGCGUGGACAGCUUCGGGACUCCCGUGGCGAGAUCACCACCAGCCAGACCCUGCUGCAAGAGGCAACCACUGCCGGCCACACACGCACCAUGGAGCUGGAGGUGUGCCAGAACGAGCUGCAGCGCCGCAAGAGUGAGGCCCAGCUCCUCCGCCAGAAGGUGGGCCGACUGGAGGAGGAGAUGGCCCGCCUCCAUGCUGCUGCCAAUCAGACAAGCCUCCAGAGCCCCACCCACAAUGGUGGUGGAGGCAGACAGUGCCAGGCCUUCCCGGAGGGGGAGGAGCCACACUUGUUGACCUAUAAAAGCGACGAGGCCAGGGCGUAUGAGAGCGAGGCCCUCCAGAGCCUCCGGCUGCAGAUGGACGGUCUGGGGGCGGAGUUAGCCACAGAACGCCAGCGGGGAGAGGAGCAGGCGUGCAGCUUUGAGAAGGAGCACAGGGUCUGGCAGGAGGAAAAGGACAAGGUGAUCCAGUAUCAGAAGCAGCUGCAGCAGAACUACGUGGGGAUGUACCGGAGGAACCGGGCGCUGGAGCGCAUGCUGCGCAAGCUCAGUCUAGAACUGGAGACCCGGGACGAGCUGGAGGAGCAGGAUGAAGGCAGCGGCAACGAGAUCAACUUUGACGAGAUCACUGCUACUGAGAUCUGA